AUGCCCGUACGUUUGAUUGGUUUUCUGAACCGGCUGCCCAAUGUCUCCUUCGAGGAUUUUGACGCUACAUGGAUUCAAUACGGGAGUUUGGUAUCAAUGUUGCCCGCCGUGAAGGGUGGUAGGAUCAGAUAUAGGCAGCUACACAAGGACCCACAUCUCAGCGAUCGUCUCGGCAGUACUAGUGGAACCAUGGGCCGCACAAUCGCGGAUUACGACGGUAUAGCAGAGUGGGAGGCGGAGACUUUGGAGGAAAUCACGGCAGUCUUCGCGACCGAUGAGUACAAGAAGGCAUGUUUUCCUUUAGAAGCGAAGUUCUUUGAUCGCCCGCGAAUGACUGUGAUGACUGUGAGCAGAGUAGUGGAAGAUUUCGCCGCUGUGUAG